AUGGCGUCGUUGUUGUUGGAUCCAGAGCUGCUGAAGGGUCUGAGUGAGGAUCAAAAGAAGGAAGCCCUUCAAGCAGCGGCAGCCGCCAAGAGAGCAGAAGAACGUGCGGAGCAAAGGGCUUUGGAACGCGCUGUAAAGAAGCGAGAAGAGGAGCGACGAUUGGAACGAGAACGAGAGCUGCAGCAGAGUGCUAAUAGCAAUAAGACCAAGAGCAAAGGCAGCAGUAAUGUCGUCUUUAUCCCCAAACGCAAGCGACAAGAAAAAGAAAAAGAAGAACCAAAGCGUUCUAAACCAACCAAUGGAACAGCAUCCACAUCUUCCAAACCCACACCAGAUACUACUACCACUUUUAGAAGGAACAACAAUAGUAGCACCAAUCAUCACCAUCACCAUCCACAACAGCAACAACAACAACAACCAUCAUCUUCUGAAUGGAGCCACCGUGCGAAUGAAGCGAUCAAGAAAUCCUAUUUGGGAAAAUCGGCCGAAGAUUUGGAACGAGAAAAAGCGGAAAAACGCAAAAAGGCGCGCGCCAACAAGAAAAUCACGUUUCGGUUCAAAUGGGACGAAGAAGACGAUACCUUUCAAGAAGACGAUCCUCUCUAUACCACUUCCCAACGUCGUGGCACUGCUGCCAAACCAAAAAAGGACAAACUCGCCUCUCUCGUAUCGACCAGUGUCGAUACAGUCCGCCAAAAAUCACUGGGUAGUAUGACAACUCGCGAUUGGAGAAUUCUCCGUGAAAAUUACGAAAUCUCCGUCAAGGGAGGACGAGCGCCGCCACCGAUGCGGUCCUUUUCCGAAAAUCCAUUGCCGACAUUACCACCGUUGCAUCCGUCCAUUUUGGAUGCGUUGCACAAUGUCAUGAAAUUUCGAGAACCGACACCGAUUCAACGACAGAGUAUCCCCAUUGGAUUGCAACGACGCGAUUUGAUUGGGAUUGCCGAAACGGGAAGUGGAAAGACAGUUGCCUUUGGUGUCCCCAUUUGUAAUUAUUUGAUCAAUCUACCCGCGACUGUUUUGAAUCGCGUGGCCGAAGAGGGACCACUGGCCAUUGUCAUGGCACCCACGCGUGAACUCGCACUUCAAAUCAAUGAGGAAUUCAGCAAAAUGCUCGCACGGCAACGACACAUUAAAAACUGUUGCAUCAUUGGAGGACAGCAAUUGCAGCAUCAAGCUGCCGAAUUGCGCAAGGGGGUACAUAUUGUGGUGGGAACUCCCGGGAGAAUCAACGAGUGUCUGGAAAUGGCCUACUUGGUAUUGAAUCAGUGUGCUUGUGCCGUCCUAGAUGAAGGAGACAGAAUGAUUGACAUGGGCUUUGCUCCACAAAUUGAAUCGGUGCUGGAUGCCAUGGGAGCCGCGCUCAAGUCGGAAAACGAGGAAGAAGCCUACGAACAAGAAAAGGAAGAUGUCCUAACGCAGGGAGUCCCCAAGUAUCGCGUCACGGCAUUGUUCAGUGCCACGAUGCCCAUGGAAGUCGAACAAAUGGCCAAAAAGUACCUCCGUCAUCCGGCCGUUGUCAGUAUUGGAGACAAGGACUCGGGCAAGAAUGCCCGCAUUGUCCAACGGGUCAUGUUCUUGUCGUCACCCGCGCAAAAGGAAAAGGCACUUCGCGAUUUAUUGUCGCGAACCAUGUACAAUCGAGACGACAAGACCAUUGUGUUUGUCAAUGAAAAGAAACACGCCGAUGGUGUGGCGAGAAUGGUAGAGCGUAUGGGACGGACCUGUGUGGUCUUGCAUGGAGGCAAAUCGCAAGACCAGCGUGAAGAGAAUCUGGAACGAUUCCGGAAAGGAGGGGUGGUGCUGGUUGCGACGGAUGUGGCUGGUAGAGGAAUUGAUAUUCCCAACGUUUCCCAUAUUAUCAAUUUUGAUCUGCCAACCCGGUCCAUUGAGAACUACUCACAUCGUAUUGGGCGAACAGGACGUGCGGGCAAAGAGGGUCUGGCCACCUCUUUCAUCACGGACGAAGACGAAGGCAUCAUGGCUCCUUUGAAAGCUUACUUGGAAAGCACCGGCAAUCCAGUUCCGGUUCGGCUUGCCAAACACCCCGCAGCUUCGUCCGGUGUCCAGAGUAAUCUGAUUUACUAG